AAAGUGGGCCUUCAGUCAGAAUUAGUGGAGACAUCGGAUGCUAAAGAAGUUCACCAGAAAGUGAAUGAUUACGUCUCGCAAGUGAUAAGGAUUUGGCCGAAUAGGGAUGUCAUUGAAUUUGAUUUCGUUGUCGGACCCAUUCCUGUGGACGACAAGUUCGGCAAAGAGAUUAUCUCCCGAUGGGAGACAAACCUCACCACAAAUGGACACUUCUAUACCGAUGCCAAUGGACGACAACUUCUGGAGCGAAGGCGUGACUAUAGGAAGACAUGGAAUUAUAACGUUAAUGAAGAAAUUUCCGGAAAUUAUUAUCCAGUGAACAGUCGUAUAGCCAUCAAAGAUGAGAAACAGGACAUUCAGGUGACUGUUUUGAACGAUAGGUCACAGGGAGGCAGUAGUAUUAAAGACGGAUCCGUUGAACUCAUGCUUCAUAGAAGGGAUCUAAUAGACGACAAUUUUGGUGUCGCGGAAGCACUCAAUGAGCCCGGAGUUGAUGGUAAAGGUCUUCAGGUUAGGGGAAAGUUUUGGGUCGUUAUCACGAGUUUAGCCGAAGCGGCGGAAGUGCACAGAGAGAUGGCGUAUGAUAUUCUUCUGGAGCCUUCACUCACUUUUGCCAAAAUUAGCGGAUCUGUUGAAGAAUACGUGAAGAGCCAUAAAACCCAAUACUCGGGUCUAACGAAAGAAUUGCCAAAAAAUGUUCACUUAUUAACGUUAGAGCAGUGGAAGGGUUCGUCAUAUUUGAUACGUUUAGAGCACUUCUAUCAGCAAAAAGAGUCGCAAAGUCUGUCCAAAUCGGUAACCGUUGACCUGAAAGAGCUGUUCACACCGUUUGUUGUGACUCAAGCGGUGGAGACGACACUGAGUGCCACCAAAGAUGUAAAAAGUGUUAAACGAUUGCAAUUCGAGUCAAACGCCGAUAAGAAUCGUUUCGAACCGAAAAGAGUUGAGUUAAACGCCGACGACUUGACCGUCACUUUGAAUCCAAUGGAAAUCCGGACUUUCAUUAUCACUACUAAACCCCGAUAA